AUGCUUCUCGUCAAGUUGCUUUUGUUGCUUGGGUUUUCAGCCCUAUUGCAGGCCGCGCCGACGCCUCAGGCCAGCACUGCUCCUUCUUCUGGCUUUUGGAUGGCCGACAUCAAACGACAGGGUACAGUAGCUUUUGGAAACUCGACCAGCUACCAGAUCUUUCGAAACGUCAAGGACUUCGGCGCCAAAGGUGACGGCUCCACCGAUGACACCGCGGCGAUCAACAGUGCUAUUUCAAGCAGUAACCGAUGUGGCUUGGGAUGCGACUCUUCCACUACAACCCCCGCCAUCGUCUACUUUCCUCCCGGAACGUACGUCGUUUCGAAACCCAUUAUUCAGUACUACUACACUCAACUCAUCGGUGAUGCAACCGACCUGCCUGCCAUCAAGGCUGCCGCUAGCUUCUCAGGGAUGGCUGUCAUUGAUUCUGAUCCAUACACGGAUACUGGCGCCAACUGGUACACCAACCAGAACAACUUUUUCCGUCAGGUCCGCAACUUCGUCAUUGAUCUUACUGCUAUGCCUCAGAGCUCUGGAGCUGGUAUCCACUGGCAAGUCGGUCAGGCCACUAGUCUCCAGAAUAUUCGCUUUGAGAUGGUCAAGGGAGGCGGAGACGCUAAUAAGCAGUCGGGUAUCUUCAUGGACAACGGCUCUGGUGGUUUCAUGAGUGACUUGACCUUCAACGGCGGAAACUACGGCAUGUUCUUAGGAAAUCAGCAGUUCACGACUCGCAACUUGACUUUCAAUGGAUGCAAUACCGCCAUCUUCAUGAACUGGAACUGGGCUUGGACUUUCAAAUCUGUCACUGUGAAUGACUGUGCUGUUGCUCUCAACAUGUCUAAUAGCCCAUCAAACAUGACUGUUGGGUCUGUUCUGAUGCUCGAUAGCACGAUCUCGACAACCAACCAAGCCAUAGUUACUGCCUGGACCAAAGACAGCAUUCCUAUUGGCGGAGGCAAUCUGAUCUUGGAUAAUGUUGAUUUUACCGGAUCCAAGGUCGCUGUUGCUGGUAUUGGCGGUAACACGAUUUUGGCAGGUGGCUCUGUAGUCAAGUCCUGGGUCCAGGGUAACACCUACACCAGCGGCUCUACCCCCAGCAAACGUGAUCUCGAGUCUGCCAACCUCGAAGACGACACCUGUCCGGCACCCGAGAUUGUCACUGUGACCGUAUAUCAGACUGGAUCGCCAGACGCUACAGCCACGCCAAUUGUCUCGCCUGGUACCUCUGCUGCUUCACGGAUCAGCCCUGCCUCAGACUCUGUAUCUGUGUCUGGGGCGGCCGCGACAUCUGUUCCUGGAAACGCAUCUCCAGGAGGAAAUCCAUCUACGGGUGCGAACCCAUCCUCAGGUGGAAACACGUCUCCGGGAGGAGCCCCAUCUACUGUUAAAGGAACACAGCCAGUUGCAACGGCGAGUGCUCCAGGUACAGCUACUUCUGGCUCCGGCUCUUCAGCACAUACUUCUGCAAUACCCUCUGGUAGCACUUGUGCCCCCUCCUCCGUGAGCAAAUCUCGUAUUCAAGCCACUCGAGCUGCUGCAAGCAAGCCAUCUCCUCUUGUUGCGAAUGGAAAGGUCUUUGAGAGGUCCAAGCCUCAAUAUGAGAAUGUUCCAGCCUCAUCAUUUGUUAGCGUGAAGGCCGCUGGGGCCAAAGGUGAUGGCAAGACUGAUGAUACCGCAGCCAUUCAAAAGGUCUUGGAUAGCGCUACUGCCGAUCAGAUUGUCUAUUUCGACCAUGGUGCUUACAUCAUUACAUCCACAAUCAAGGUCCCCAAGAACAUCAAAAUUGUCGGUGAAAUCUGGCCGCUCCUUAUGGCAUCUGGUAAAGCAUUCUCGGACGAGAGCAAACCGAUCCCCAUGCUUCAAAUAGGUCAACCGGGCGAAACUGGUAAUGUGGAGAUGCAAGAUCUUAUUCUUGAGACUCAGGGUAGUGUCCCAGGUGCCAUUCUCAUGGAGUGGAAUGUUGCAGGUUCGUCUCAGGGGUCCGCCGCAAUGUGGGAUGUUCAUUUCCGCGUCGGCGGAUCUGCCGGCACAGGGCUCCAGAGUGACAGUUGCUCUAAAAACCCGAAGUCAACUCAUGCAGCGAAUGAUGCUUGCAUUGGUGCUUUCAUGCUCUUCCACGCUACUAAGUCAGCUAGCGCAUAUGUUGAGAACUGUUGGUUCUGGGUUGCUGACCAUGAGCUUGAUCUGGGUGAUCACAACCAGAUCGACAUCUACAACGGACGUGGUGUGCUCAUUGAGUCGCAGAAUGCUGUAUGGAUGUACGGCACUGCAUCUGAGCACAGCCAACUUUACGAAUACCAGAUCAGCAAUGCCAAGAACGUCUUUAUGGCUUUGAUCCAGACGGAGACACCAUACUGGCAAUCCAACCCUACUGCGCUCACACCAUUCAAAGCCCAGACUACCUUCAAUGACCCAGACUUCUCAACUUGUACUACUGACAGCUGUCGUAAAGCAUGGGGUCUGCGAGUGACUUCCUCUUCCGACACCUUGAUCUACGGAGCCGGACUGUACAGCUUCUUCGAAAACUACGAUCAAACCUGUCUGGCUACGGAAUCCUGCCAAGAAAACAUUGUUCAGAUCGAUUGCUCGCCCAUCUCUAUCUACGGUCUCAGCACAAAGGCUAGUACAAACAUGAUCACAUCGUCGGACGGUACAUCGUUGGCUAAGCAAGAGGAUAAUACAAGCUCGUUUGCUUCGACGAUAGCCUUGUUUGAACAAUAA